GCUGGGGCCGUUCCGGCUGUAGGCGGGUCAUGGAGCCUCGCCGCGGGCGCCGCUUCCCCGGGGCUAGCGCUGAGGAGGCGGGGGCACGGCCGCGAUAACCGCCUCUCGUGCGGGCCUGAGGGCAGCGAGGGGAGGUGCCGCCGCUGGGUGCCCCUUCCCUUGCCCGGGUGACAGCGCUUCACUGUUUCCCUUCAGCGCGGUCCCUGGGGCCGAGAGACGGGGAGUCGAUCUGGUCACGGAGGAUGACAGCGCUGCGAUAGGCACAUCGGGAGAAUUUAAGGCAGUGAGCCCACCAGAGGGCACCAGGCACUGAUGGAAAGAAAUCUCGGUGAGACUUUGGUGCUUGGCACCUGGAGCGCCGUCUCAUUCCUGGGCUAGUUUCAGGUGAUGCUGUGAGCACAUGAAUAGUGUGAGAGGAUUCUUGGCUGCCUCUGUAAUUUCCAUCCAGAACUCCUGCUUCGUCUAUCCUGCCUGUCAAAAAUGCUUUUCUAGGCUGAUACUGGAUUCUAGGAGGUUUAAUUGUCUAAAAUGUGGCUGCACAGGUGAAGCUAAAGAUGCAAACUACAGAUAUAGAUUGUCCCUAAAGAUUGCUGACACUGAUGAUUUGUUUAACAUUACCGUAUUUGGAAGUUGCUUAGAUCCAUUCUUUGGGGUCACCGCAGAAAAUCUGCAGAGGUGUAUUCAAGACUUCAAUCAUCUGUCAGGAGAAACAAACCCAGAUGCAUCUCCAGGAGUGUUAGUUCAAGCAGUGGAAACCUGUUUCAUCGGAAAAAGAUUUAUAUUUGGAGUGAAGAGAGAAGCAGAAAGAAUUGUAGCUGAAGCUCCUUUGAAACACUGCUCUGCAAAUAAAUGUGAGAAGCGUUGCACAUGUGAAGAUGGAGGGUGUUCUGCUGCCAGCAGCAUCUUGCAAAACUGUUCCAGAAUUAAUAGAAGUACAAAAAACCUUACAGCUUGCCAGAUCUUCCUGCCAAACGCUGCUGUUACUGGCUUUACUGUUAUCAGCUACUUCCAUCAGCUCCAGCAGUCAGCAAAAUUCAGGAGCUUUAAUAACAGCUCAUACUUACCUGAUGCAUCUUCAGCUCCAAUAGAUGAACCUGUCAGUGAGCUCAGCAGCUUGUCUAGCCUGAGCAGAAACUCCUGGUUUGUUCAGUCUGGUGGCAGAGAAAGUUUGUUAGGGUCCUGGCAGCAGUCCUUCAGCCUGACUUCAUCUGUUGCUUGGGUAACAGCGGAAGACUUUCCCACUCUGGAAGUGGGAAAGCUGGUGAGUGAACAGCAUGAAGAAGAGGGGAGGCCUGGCUCUGCAGAAUCGUGCAGUGUAAGCCUCAACAAUCAAACUCUUUGGGAUUCACAGUUUCACAGCUCUUCUCUGAAGGAAGGGGAUAAAGAGGAGGAUAAUGAAUUGAGUUCACAGCUUAGUCGCACUGACAGUAUCUCUGCAACUGAUAAAUUAGAGAGAGCAUCCUCUUCAAAGACUAAGUGUUCACAUGGAAACAGUUCCAGGUUGUUACAACAUCCCUUGGAAUUUGGGGUAAAAAGCAUUUACCCAAAGACUAAUAGAAAUUAUUCUAAUCCAGAAAAAUCUCACAACUCCCAUUUUUACAAGGGAGAUGCAUCAGCUUCUCAUCAUGUAAGUGUACCUGGGGGGUCUGAGACGGACUCUGUGCUUUGGGAUGAGCUCCCAUUCUCAGAAAGCCUAAAUGAAUUUUUAGCCCGAAUAGAAAAUGGCAAGAGCAUUGUAACAUCACCCAGCCUUGACGCAGGCAAACAGGCCCUUCUUGAAAGUAGCAAGUUAGGUGUAAAUCUUAACAAACCGUAUCUGAGGCAAACUCUAGUAGCUGGCGAUUUGCCUGAAGCGAGCGUCUCGGGGAGAUUCUUGUCACUAGCAGAGAAUGAUAUUCGGGAGAACAUAGUGUUUACUUGUCUUCAGUUGAAUGCAAAUUGUCCGAGUGAUGAGGUGUCACCAUGUGAGUCUUCCUCUAGUGUUUUAUCUUUAACCGACAAGGAAUGUGGAGCAUCUUUCUUUAUACCUAGCCCUCGUCUGCCUAUUCUGUCACCGUCCUUUCCAGUUACAUCAGAGCCUUCUGUUUCCCAGAGCAGAUGUGUGCAGUCCAAAGAAGUAAAUACAGACAUUUCAAAGUCAGCUUGGUCUUUUAUUAGUCUGCGGUGUACUGCUGAACGUGGAGAAACCUCCUGUUUAAAACGGAGCAAGGCAGCUACCUGUGUGCGUUCUGCACAGGAUAGCUGUUUAGCUGGUUGUGAAAACAAAGAAAAUUAUUCUUCUACACCAAACCAAAGAACAGAUAUUACAUUCAAAGGGGCAUGGGACUCUGAUCCAGUAACUCGCAACAAUACAAGAAGGAUAUAUAAAGGAGAAUUAAAACCAUUGACAGAACUGCAAGAAAAUACCUUCAAAAGUGUUAAUAGGAGAGAGACACUGUGGAACAAGAGCUUCCCUGAAGGCAGCUACAAUGCUUCUGCUGAUCUCUUUGAUCCAAGUGCAAGAGAGGUAGAAAAAACUGUAGAAUUCUUAAAUAAAUCAUGUAAUUCUUUAAUAGAGGAAGAUACUUUGACAGAAAAGAUCACAGCUCCUGAAUCGGUGCUUUAUCCUGGAGAUGUUCCCUGUAACAAUUCAAAACUGAGCUCAUCCUUACAUAGGUCCCCUCCUGCCUUUUGUAAGCAUAGUACACCCAGUACACCAGUAACUUACUCCUUUUGUGAUUCAGAAUGCAAUUCAGUUAGCACUCAAGACUUUGUUCCUUAUUCACAGUCGACUCCUAUGACAAAACCUCUCCAGAAACUGUGGCCUGUUGGGGAAAGAAGCUCUUUUAUUACUGUCUUCACCCCUAAAAAUCCCACUAAAAUCCAUUCCAAAUGCAAGAGAUCCAGGUCUUCCUUUCAAAACACUCUGUUGCAGCAGCUUACUGGCAGGUUAGUGAAACGCAAAAGGCCAAGUAACAGGGAAGACAAAGGAAGUAAUAGCCCUGUUUCACAGCACAGCCAACUGCCUGCUGACUUUGAGGAGUGGAUCCCUCCAUCUGCAAACAAAAGGUUGAAACCAGCUAUAUCUUCAAACUUAAAAACAGUUAGCUGGGCUACUGACUUGCAAUCGAGCUGUGGGCACGCAGGCAGGAACCCCGUUUCUGAAAGCAAAGAGAUCAGUGAAAAUUAUGUAUGCUCCAGAAAUGAGAGAUUAAGCUCUGGUAAUACAGCCAGGAUACUAACAACACCUGUAUCUGCAGAUGUCACCAAGGCCUUGUUUUUAAAUGAUACAGUCCUGGAAACUUGUUCCCCUUCAGAAGGCAAGAAUCUCCUCUCAAGUGCAAAUUAUUCAGGGGGUAUAUUGGAAGGGGCAACAGGCUGGUCUCCUGAGUUGUUCUUCCAAGCACGGAGCCCUUUUUCCAAUAGGCCAAAAUACUAAAGAAAGCUAUUUCUGUGCUCUGUUCUUUUUAAUUAUAUUUUAAGACUUUUGGGAAGGAGCCAGUAAAAGAGAAGAGCUAUCUAACAGUUGUUUAUUCACCUGUGGACAUAUGUCUUCCAAAGAUGAGUUCUGUUUAUUCACAGGUCUUUGUACCACGGCGGGGGGUGGGGGGGGAACAGAGUUUGCAGUUACUAUAUUUUAUUGUAAAUUAACUCUAGAAUGUGCAAUAAAAACUUAUGUAAA